GAUGGGACGGCACGGCUGUGGGACGAAAAAACAAGCAAGUCAGUGCGCUGUUUUGCUGCCUUCGAAGGCGAAGCGGUAGCAUCAGUUGCAUUCGGGUCUCAGCCAUCGGAGAUGGUGUUUGCUGCUGCAGGCAACAAGGUCUUCUCGUUUGACCUGCGCAAGCCUGACAUCAUCUACAAAACGUUCGAGACAGAGUAUGCACACAACCAGGACGAAGUCAACUCGCUCGCGAUCUCGCCGAAUGGACGAUUCCUUGCGACUUGCGACGACUCGGGCGAUGUGAAAAUCAUAGAUCUGCAGUCCAACACUCUCUUCAAGAGCCUGCGAAAACACUCCAACAUUUGCUCGACUGUGUGUUUCAGAGGCGAGCGACGACCGUGGGAAGUUCUGUCUGGCGGCCUCGACUCACUGCUCGUGCACUGGGACUUCUCGCGCGGCCGACCCAUCCACCACCACGACCUCGUCGGUCUCGCCAUGAACUCGCCGCAAGUGGUCAACCCACCCUUCGUGCAUUCGAUCGAUGUGUCGGCCGACGCCAACGUGGCCCUCGCUGCGCUCGGAGACAACUCCGUACUCAUCUACGAUCUCGAUCGCGAUCUGCCCGUCGUGCAGCUCGAGGACGGGCACUCCACCUCCGUUUCACAAGCGAAUGUCGGCCAAGUGUUGACCGAGCUGCGGGAGGCGCGAAGCAAGAAGGGCAAAGCCGCCAGGCAACAGAACAACAGGAACAAGAAGAAGACGACGAAGGGCUCGACCGAGGAAGAGGAGGCGAGCAAGCCGAAGCCCUACCGAUUGGAGCAGCGCAUCAAUCACGGCAGCAAGAUCAACUGGCUGUGCACCGCUCCGCUGGACGCCUCCGCACUGGGCAACCUCUUCGUGGCCGACCAGACCAGCGCCAUCACCGCCUACCACAUCCUCCCGUGA